UUCAUCCUCACACUCAAUCUUCUCCUUUCUCCCUUCAUUCUCUUUGUUUUUUCUCUUUGUUGUGAACCCUCUAUUAGAUCUAGUUCUAAUAUCACCCACCAAGAAAAAAAGAGAAAAGAAAAAGGAAUACAGCUUUACUUUAAGAAUUUUGAAGAAUAAAAAAUCAAAAGAGAGUGUAUAACCAUGGUUUUUUCCUCCAUCCAAGGUUAUCUUGAUUCAUCCAACUGGCAACAAUCUCCCCCGAGCAAUUAUAACCAGGGCGGUGAAAGAGCCUCAGCAACCGGCGGUCAUGGUUUUGUUCCUCAGCUGCAGCCACUAUCUCAGCCGCAGUCUAAUGGUAGUGGAAGCAGUGGCUCGAUCCGCCCAGGAUCGAUGGUGGAUAGAGCAAGACAAGCAAACGUAGCCAUACCCGAAGCCGCACUGAAAUGUCCAAGAUGCGAAUCCACCAAUACCAAGUUCUGCUACUUCAACAACUACAGCCUCACUCAGCCACGCCACUUCUGCAAAACCUGCCGGAGAUACUGGACACGUGGUGGUGCCCUCCGCAACGUCCCCGUAGGUGGUGGCUUCCGGAGAAACAGGCGUACUAAAAGCAGCAACAACAAUAACAGCACCGCCACUAGCAACAACACAAGCUUCUCCUCCGCGGCCUCGGGGAAUGCAUCAACCAUCAGCGCGAUUCUCUCCUCGAACUAUGGAGGAAACCAAGAGAGUUUCUUGAGCCAGAUUUUGUCUCCAAUGAAGCUAAUGAAUACUACUAAUACUACAGAUAACAGCAUGAGCUUGUUGAACUGUGGAGGAUUGAACCAAGACUUGAGGACAAUCCAAAUGGGAAGCUCUGGUGGCUCGCUUAUGAGCUGCGUUAAUGAGUGGAGAUCGACGCAUCAUCAGCAGCCACAUAGUUUGGGAGGUGGAAACUGUGGGGAUUCUUCUAAUACUAAUCCAUCUUCAAAUGGCUUUUACGCUUUUGAAUCGCCGAGGAUAACUUCUGCUUUAGCGUCGCAUAUUUCUUCGGUUAAAGCUGAAGACAAUCCUUACAAAUGGGUUAAUGUCAAUGGUAAUUGCUCUUCCUGGACUGAUCUUUCUAGUUUCGGCUCUUCUCGUUAAGUUCAACAAAAAAAAAAAAGAAAAAAAUGAGUACUUGUUGAUGAAAAACCCUAGUUACAGCUUAUUAGAUUAACUUUGUCUUGUUUUACGUUUUUGUUUAGUUUAUGUUGUUUGCAACUUCCCUCUUUGUCGAUCUAUGGUUCUACGUACGUAGCUUAAGUUAUUGGGUGUGUCUGAGACUGUUCAUUUGUUCUUUUUGUCAACACUUUGUUAUCAUACAUCUGGUCUUAGUGUCUUAAACGGAUCUUAUAUCUGUCGAAUUAUUAAAACAUGAUGAUAUGUUGAAUGAGUUAAUUUUAC